GUAUAUAAAGGAUCGACGAGUCAAACAGGGUUACAAAGGUUCAACUGUGUACAGGUGGGAAGGAAGUAAUUUUAUCUCAGAAGGUAACAACAAACAGUGAGGAUGGAUCGACGUGGAUUGGUGUGCAUUUUGAUCGCAGUUUGCAUUACAUUCUUAGACGCUUCUAGUACAAGUGUGAAGCCUUCACCCACAGCUACAACUGUGAAACCUUCACCCACAACUACAACUGUGAAACCUUCACCUACAUCUACAACUGUGAAACCUUCACCAACAUCUACAACUGUGAAACCUUCACCAACAUCUACAACUGUGAAGCCUUCACCAACAUCUACAACUGUGAAACCUUCACCAACAUCUACAACUGUGAAACCUUCACCAACAUCUACAACUGUGAAACCUUCACCAACAUCUACAACUGUGAAGCCUUCACCAACAUCUACAACUGUGAAACCUUCACCAACAUCUACAACUGUGAAACCUUCACCAACAUCUACAACUGUGAAACCUUCACCAACAUCUACAACUGUGAAACCUUCACCAACAUCUACAACUGUGAAACCUUCACCAACAUCUACAACUGUGAAACCUUCACCAACACCUACAGCUGUGAAACCUUCAACAACAUCUAUCGCGAUUCCAGACUCAUUCUAUUACAAUUGCACUGAUGAUGGAGGAAUCGAGAUAAUAAAUAAAGGAGGUUCCUUAGCCAACAUACUAGUUAAUUAUCUUAACCAGACUUCAGGCAGCUGUGCCAACCCACAGGUCCUGGGCGACGGAUCAUUCAAACUAGCCAACUGCACAAAGAACUCCACAGUAAAUAUUGUACUUGAGGCGACAAACGGAACAAACAUAAUUGGUGGACAUCAUUCCAAAACUUUCCAAAUCAAAUGUGAGAAAGUGAAUAUUGAGCCAUACUUUCUCAACGUAACCGCCAAUGAAAUCGUCGGCGAUCAAUCUACUCCCCAUGUCGUAACUAUGGCAACGAAAUCAACACCUUCGCCCGUAACAAAUCUAGUUAUGACAAUCAAAGACAACAUCACCGCUGUUACAGAGGCAUCUAUUGGCCAACCAUUGACGAUUGCCAUAACGGUCCCAGAUAAAAUGAGCAUCAAACCAACACUGUGUAAAGCUACAGGGAAUGAUAAGGAUGUGACAUUAUGGCAGGAGACAGGUUGCCAAUACGACAAAGAGCUCUUUGGAGAGAAAUGGGAGCAAGCUGGAAAUGUCAUUACAAAUACCAUGUACGGUUUCCGGUUUGUUGGGGUCUCCAAAUCAAUCACAAUUACCUGCACAGUGCGCGUGUGUCCUGCUGGCUAUAAAGGGAAUGAAUGUGACCUACAGACUUGCACAAAAAAGAGAAAGAGGAUCAACCGUCUGUCAGAUGACGUUACAAUGGAAAAGGCCACCGCAUCGUUAGCUAUUAAAGACCCACGCCUGACUAGUGGUGCUGCACGAUUGGGAUAUGAACUGAGCAACAUUAUUAGCUUGUUUGCUGCUGCAGCCCUCGUGUUUGUGAACGCAAAGUUCAUUCGUGGAUGAUCCUUGGAUUGCUGUAUGCUUACAUAUGAAAUAUGUUUUAUACAAAAGUCAUCUAUAUUAUCUACACCCAUAUCUAUAUUGUACUAUCACGAUUAAGUUAUGUAAUGUGAUCAUACGCACAACGUAGGAUUUAUAAAAAAAAAUCUAAUAAAAUAAAACCCGACUUAAUUAUUCCAUUAAUAUCUUUUUCGAUAACAAAUAAAUUCAUAAACGAUGACAA